AUGCCCAAUUAUACUCCAGAUGAAACUCCUACAGUGAAACACCCCCUCUGGGAUCUAUACUCACAACUCACCAGGCAUCAAGACUUCUCCUUGACCAACAAUGACAAGGUGGACAAUGGAGGAACAUGGAACCUGGUCACUGGGACCCUGACAUUCCAGAAGAAUCCACCGGAAAUAGUGACAUUCAAGGAUGUGGCUGUGGACUUCACAAAGAAGGAGUGGAGGCAGCUGAAUGCCUCUCAGAAAGGUCUUCAUAGAGAUGUGAUGUUGGAGAACUACAAGAACCUGGUGUCUCUGGGGCUCCUCAUUUCCCAGCCACAUGUCAUCUCUCAGUUGAAGAGAGGCAAAGCGCCAUGGAUGCCAGAGGAAGAAGUCCCUCAAAGCCUUGGUCCAGCUCUGCUUUCUCAAGAUUCCAUCUUUUUUCUGGAGGAGAACAUCAAAGAAGAUGAAGGAAUGGUGUCUCUAUCUUUGGCCAUCAGGUCCCAGGAAACACUGGCAUUCAAGGAUGUGGCUAUAGACUUUACAGAGAAGGAGUGGAGGCAGCUGCAUGGCUCUCAGAAAGAUCUCUACAGAGAUGUGAUGCUGGAGAACUAUAAGAACCUCGUGUCUCUGGGGCUCCUCAUUUCCCAGCCUCAUGUCGUCUCCCAGCUGGAGAGAAGCAAAGCACUAUGGAUGCCAGAGGAAGACGUUCCCCAAAGCCUUGGUCCAGAUUCUCUUAUUCAAGAUACUAGUUGUGAAGGAGUCAGUUCCUAAGCAGAGCAUUUCUAUGGGAGAGUUGCCCAAGAAGAGAUUCAUACAGGACUGUCCUUGGGAUUCUAAAUUAGGAAAAUGCCAGAACUGUGAUGUCACAUUACAGAGGAAAGAUAAUCAGGAGAGAACAUCCAGGCCUUUGACAAUCUCCCAUGGACAUAAUAUAUCUGGGAGAAAUCUGGAUUCAAUCCCUGUGCUACAGCAAAGAGAUAUAAGAAGAAGAACUCUCCAUAAACACAAUAUACUUGCAAAGACCUCUAAGAAAUAUUCAACUAUUCUUAAAAGCUAUAAAAUUUCCUUAGGUAAAAAAAUUCAGAAGUAUAAUAAAUGCAAGAAGUCUUUCUGUUAUCACUCAAACCUUAUUCAAUAUUAUAGAACGCCUCCUAUAAGAAAACCAUCCAAAUGUAAUGAGUAUGGGAAAACUAGCAAUCAUUAGAAAUAUCUUUCUGCAUAUAAGAGAAUUCAUAGUGGAGAGAAACCUUUUGCAUGCACAGAAUGUGGGAAAAUCUUUGUGAACAAGAUAGGUAUUAGAGCACAUAAUAGAAUUCAUACUGGAAAGAAACCCUAUUCAUGCAAUAAAUGUGAGAAAAUCUUCACAUAUGAGACAUGUCUUAUAAAACAUAGGAGACUUCAUGCAACUGAGAAUCCUUUUAAAUGUCGCACAUGUGGAAAAAUCUAUAAACAUCACUCUUCCCUUUGUAAGCAUCAGAGAAGUCAUACUGGAAAGAAAUUAUUUGUUUGCAAUGAGUGUGGUAAAUGUUUCAUCAAUAAGGGAAAUCUCAGAGCACAUAAAGUAAUUCAUAAUGAAGAAAAACUAUUCCAAUGUAAUAAAUGUGGGAAGAACUUCAAAAGCAGAUCAAGCUUUGGACGACAUCAGCAAAGUCAUACUGGAGAGAAACCCUUUGCAUGCAGUGAGUGUGGGAAAGCCUUCAGAGUAAAGACAUACCUUAUGAAACAUAGGAGAUAUCAUACAAAAGAGAAACCCUUUAAAUGCCUUACAUGUGGAAAGAGCUAUACUUCUAAAUCAUCCCUUAAAAAGCAUCGGAGAAUUCAUACUGGAGAGAAACCAUAUGUGUGUGAUGAGUGUGGUAAAUGCUUCAUAGGCAAGGGAAACCUCAAUGAUCAUAAAGUAAUUCAUAGUGAAGAAAAAUCUUUUAAAUGUGACAAAUGUGAGAAAGCCUUCAAAAAUAGAUCAAACUUUAGAUGACAUCAGAAAAGUCAUACUGGUGAGAAAUCUUUUGUGUGCAAUGAGUGUAGACAAAGGAGACCUUAUUGUACAUAAGAGAACCCAUACUGGGGAAAAACCCUUUGUAUGCAGUGAAUGUGGAAAAGGCUUCAUACGGAGUGGAAAACUUACUGAGCAUAAGAGAAUUCAUACUGGAGAGAAACCCUUUGUGUGUAGUGAAUGUGGGAAAAGCUUCAGAGAAAGGGGGAAACUUACUGAUCACAAAAGAAUUCAUACUGGAGGAAAACCCUUUGAAUGUAAUCAGUGUGGAAAAGCUUUUAGUUACCUGUCAAAUCUUACUGACCAUAAGAGAAUUCAUACUGGUGAAAAACCCUUUGAAUGUUAUGAAUGUGGGAAAACCUUCAGAGUUAGGACAGGUCUUAAGGCACAUGAAAUCCUUCAUACUGGAGAGAAACUCUUUAAAUGUUAUGGAUGUGGAAAAGCCUUCAAACAAAGGAGAAAUCUUGGUAAACACAAGAAAAAAUGUCAUAAAGAUAGAGAUUCCUCCAUAAACAAGGGAAACCUUGGGAUAUCUAAGAAAUUUCAGGAAAAAAAACCACUAAAUGUAAUGAAUGAGGAAAAACCUUUACUAUAGUGCAUACCUCAUAAAGCAUUGGAGACUUCAUAUAGGAAAGAAAACUAUGCACAACGAGUGUAGAAAGCCUUCCUAGACAAGGGAAACCUUUAUGAAAAUAAUAUUUGUACUGGAGAGAGACUCUUUGAAAAUAAGGAAUAUAGGAAAGCCUUCAGCAACAACUUAACCAAUCUUUAGGAAUCAUAGGAAAGGAAUAUUAAAUAAAAAUAAUAUCAGUGAAAUGAACAGGGAAAGAUAUUUAGCAACAACUCAUUCCUUAUAAACCACUGGAGUUCUCAUUUUGGAAAGAAACUAUUUGAGUAUAUUAAAUAUGGGGAUGCCUUUAUAAAUAAUUCAUUUCUUAAACAUCAGAUAAAUAGACAAAAUCUCACAUUUUAAGGGAUUUAAAGGACUAUACUGAAUCCAAACAACCUAAAAAAGAAUCUCCUUUAUAACAUGAAAAAAGGACCAUCCAGUCUUUGUUUGAAUAUGUCUAUUAAGGAAGAGUCCAUUGCCUCAUUGCAUUUUGGGAUACCUCUCUGUAAGGCAAUUUUUCUUUCAACAAGCCAAGAUAUGUUUCUCUAUAACUUUCUGCUUCCAAUCUGCCCUUCAGGGUCAAUCAGAAUAAUUCUAAUCCAUCACUCAUGCUUAAAUGCUUAAAGACAACUGCAGUUAUCCAUUCCACCUCAUGGGAGUUGGGGGUGCAGUGACUCUGCGAUCUGGAAAAUUCACAUAAAAUGUUUUGAUCCUCCCUUUAUAACAGUAAAGGAGUCUGAAUUUUUUUCUUUCUUUUAUGGGAUUUUGGGUUAAGUAUCAUUUCUGAGUCUCUAAACUUGUUUUGUGUCAUCUGCUGGCCUUCAUGUGUCUAUGACUUCCAUAAAAUAUCCCCGAAAUUCCUAUUUAACUUCUUAUGUCAACCAACAAUAUAGCAAAACUGCAAUGGGGAAAGUUGCAAUGUAGAAGGGAUGACUGUAUUAUGUCCCUACAAGUCUUCUCUUUUUUAGACUAAAUAUCCUCAAAUCUGUGAACCAACCCUCUCAUGACAAGAGAAGAGCCAUGUGAAUAGAAGCAAUAUAGAAAAAGUGCCAGGUAUAAGGGAUGUCUUACUGAGCAUAAGAUAACUCAUUGAGGAUUUCAUAUAGUUGGUGAAGUGGAAGAACACUGAUCCAGGAGUUAAGAAAUCCUGAGUUCAAAUCUGACCUCAAAUAUCUAUGUGGCCUUGGGAAAAUUACUUAACCUCUGCUUGCCUCAGUUUCUCCAACUAUAAAAUAGGGAUAACAAAAGCUACCUUGCAAGGUUAUUCUGCAGAUCAAAUGAGAUAUUUGUAAAAAUGUUUAUUCCCUUUCUUUCCCCUUCCUCAUAGAACUUGGAUUCCUCUUGGUUGUAAUGAAGAAGAGAAAGCCUUUAGCCUUAGUGAAUAUGAACUAUAAGUGUCAUAUUAGAAAAUUAUUCAAUAUCCUAAUACAAGAAAGACCAGUCUGAGAUGACUGCUGAAUGAAGGUAAGCUACCUGGUCCCAUAUACUGAUUCCAACAAGAACCUGCAAUUCAUGUCAGACUGACUAGUGACCAAGAAAUUUAGUGAGAAAUUAUAGUCAUGAAUUCAGAGUUGCAGAAAAAGUCAGCUGGAAGCCCAUGGACAAUAGGAAAGGGAGCCAGCAUUAAUGUCAGUUCUGGCCAGGCAAAUACCAGCCAGCACAGCCAGGGACAGGCUAGAGAUACUUCUACUCUAUUUUUUAAACCCUUACCUUCUGUCUUAGAAUCAAUACUGUGUAUUGUUUCCAAGGCAGGAGAGUGGUCAGGACUAGGCAAUGGGGGUCAAGUGACUUGCCCAGGGUCAUACAGCUAGGAAGUGUCUGAGGCUAGAUUUCAGCCUGGUCAAUCCACUGAGCCACCCAGCUGCCCCUGAUACUUAUAAUCUUCAAGGGUUCAGGGCUCAGAGUCAGAAAGAGUAGGGAAUUCCCAUCUAGAAAGCCCCAGAUUGGGAACCUUAUAAACUCUGAGAAGCAUGGCAGAAGAGUGGGACCUGACUGGUAUACAGGAGCUUUGAGGUACUUAGCAUUCUGUCCUCAGAUCCACCAGAGGGCCCUGAAGAUCUCUGGGAGCAAUGUAACCCCAAAAGGUAGGGGUCAGUACAGAAGCCUAGGAGACCCAGUAGGAGACCAAGCAAGGUCAAACAUCCCACCAAAAGCACACUGAGAAGUGGAGCCUGGCCAUGACAUACAGCCUGAUUCAGAAACUAUAAUUAGAGAUAUGAGUAAAUCAAAGUGAAUACUGACCAAUAUACAAAAGUACUGUGAAUCCAGAGAUCCUUCAAAAGGAGAGUGUAACUCUAUGACAACUAAAAGCUGUAACUUCAAGGGGGGUAAUGGAUUUUCCAUAAAGAUUACAUGAAUAUUUAGUUGUAAUGAAGCAGGAAACAAAACAAAUAAAAAAUAAAAAUGGAGGAAAGAAUUGGAAGAAUAAAUAGCUUAGAACAAAAAAAAAAA